AAAUAUAAGUCAUUAAUUCAUUGGACAGUGAGUUUAAAAAAAAUAAUGUUUAAUCUUUGAAGAUAAUGUAGUAGGCCUGUAACAAUAAAUCUGUUGUACAUUGAUCAAUACAAUAUUCUUUCUCACUAAUACAACGCAAUGCGUCGUAGUCUGGCUCCAAGUCAGAUAAAACGAACCAUUGAAAAUGAUAGUGAGCCUUCCCCUAAAAGAAGCUUAAAGAACAAGAAGCUAAGCACUCCUGAACAUCGGCCUGUUCUAGUGGUCUUAAAUACACCUGAACAAGUAUCUGCACACGAAACCCUAAUAAAGAAGUUGCUAUCAAAGCCUUUCAAAGUUCCCAUAGCCAACUACCAAGGUCCCCUCGGUAACCGUGCCUUGGGAGUACGCCGAGAUGGUGUGCGCCGGUCAUUACACGACCCUGAAGCACCAGGAGCUCUGGUGUUGUUCACUCCACCCCAGCUCAGCGCGCACGACCAGCUUAAAAUGGACAAAGACAAGAUCCUCGUUCAUGUGGUUGUCGAUCCUAUACUUUCAAACAUUUUGAGGCCUCAUCAACGUGAGGGAGUAAAGUUUAUGUACGAUUGUGUGACGGGACAGCGCAUCGAGGGAGCGUACGGCUGCAUCAUGGCGGACGAGAUGGGUCUGGGAAAAACACUUCAGUGCAUCACCCUGAUGUGGACUUUGUUGAGGCAGGGUCCAGAAGCCAAGCCUACUGUAGAAAAGGCAGUGAUAGUGGCACCUAGCUCUCUUGUCAAGAAUUGGUGUAACGAGAUAACCAAGUGGCUCGGGGGUCGAGUUAGCGCUCUUGCGAUCGAUGGUGGAUCCAAGGACCACAUAGACCGCCAACUGAGUGGGUUCAUGCAGACAUACCGAGGUCGGACGACACAGCCGAUCCUGGUUAUCUCCUAUGAGACGUUCCGAAGCCACGCAGCUGUGCUACACAAGGGGGAGGUGGGACUGGUGUUGUGUGAUGAGGGUCACCGACUGAAAAACUGUGAGAGUCAGACAUACGUGGCACUGAUGGGACUUAAUUGCAAACGCAGAGUUUUACUCUCUGGAACUCCGAUUCAGAAUGACCUCCUCGAGUACUUCAGCCUGGUGCACUUUGUCAAUCAGGGCAUCCUAGGAACUGCUCAGGAGUUUAGAAAACAUUAUGAGACUCCGAUCCUACGAGGCCAAGACUCUAUGGCUUCGGAUGCAGAGAGAGCCAAAGCAAAUGAACGGCUUCAACAGCUGAUUGGACUUGUUAACCGGUGUCUGAUUAGGCGAACAUCAGCUCUCUUAUCGCAGUAUUUACCCCUCAAGACUGAACAGGUGGUCUGCAUAAAACUCUCCUCCCUACAAGCAGAACUCUACAAGAAACUCAUCAACUCCGACUCCUUCAAACGCAAUAUCAAAGGCGCAGGAGGAGAGGGUAAAGUGUCGUUGUCUGCGUUGUCGUCGAUUACGUCGCUCAAAAAACUGUGCAAUCACCCGGACCUGGUCAUGGACAAGAUACUAGCUGGAAGUGACGGGUUUGAGGACGCAGCCGCUCUCCUGCCCCAGGGGUACCAACAAACCUACGCCAGAAAGACGCUGAUGGUAGAGCUGUCUGCCAAACUGAUGGUGUUGGAUUGCAUGUUGGCUAUUGUCAAGACAACGACAACCGACAAAGUAGUGUUGGUGUCCAACUACACUCAGACCCUGGACCUGUUUGAGAGACUGUGUCGUCUGCGAAACUACCAGUAUGUGAGACUAGAUGGCAGUAUGACGAUCAAGAAAAGGGCCAAGGUUGUAGAGAACUUCAACAACCCAAUGGGAGGUGACUUCAUCUUCAUGUUGAGCUCCAAGGCAGGCGGUUGUGGCCUCAACCUCAUCGGAGCCAACCGUCUCGUCAUGUUUGACCCUGACUGGAACCCGGCCAAUGACGACCAAGCAAUGGCUCGGGUCUGGCGAGACGGACAGAAGAAACCAUGCUUCGUCUACAGGUUCCUCUGUACCGGCAGCAUAGAGGAGAAGAUGAUGCAACGACAAGCGCACAAGAAGGCUUUGAGCUCAUCUGUGGUAGAUUGUGAAGAAGAUGUUGCACGACAUUUCUCUCUCUCCGAGUUACGCAGUUUGUUUCAACUGGAAGAGAACACGCCGAGCGAUACACACGACAAGAUCAAGUGUGGUCGAUGUGUGAAUGGUAUACAAACCAAGCCUCCACCAGCUGACUCUGACUGUACGGACGACUUGUCGUGUUGGCAUCAUUGCCGAGAGAAGCGGUGGCUCGUAGACCCGGUGCUGCGACAGUGCUGGGAUGCUGGUGUGUCCUUUGUCUUCUACCAACACUCCCAGAAAGCGACACCCAAGAAGACAAUCACAGAAGAAGAAUCUAAAGAAGAAUUAUUGGAAGAAGGAGAAGAUGAAAGUGAAGAAGAUGAUAAAACCGACGACAGCUGAUGAUAUUGAUUUAACAAACUAUUUACUUUCCUAUGUAAGUGAGGUUUAUUUUUACUACUGUGAUAUUGUGUGUUUUUAAUUUUGUAUAGGAUUGUGCCUUAUUUUCUACUCUUAUCAGAUUAUCAUACUUUUGUAUAUAGCGAUAAAAUAUAUUGA